AAGACGUUUGUCUCCAAUCCUUAUCGACCUUUUUUAAUGAAUACAAAAAUACCUACAACUACUAAAUCAUUUUGACUUUCCUCAUCACUCCUUUUAACUGCCAACGGUCGACUAACAGUCAACUCAUCCACCCCGACAUGUGUACUGAUUUUUCCAAUCGUCUCUUCUAGUCUUUUCAAGUUUUUCAACUGUAGAUCACCAUCUGUUUCACAACCCAACUCCACUCACCUGGAAUAACUACUACACGGGGCGAAAUAGCCAAAGCAGCUAACGCCUAACUUCACCGCCAGAGGGCGGCAGGCAAGCAAGCAAGCAAGUAAUCGUACAAAAUGUCUAAGAUCGAAAAUAUACGUCCUACAGAAAUGUCAUUAGCAGAGAUGGAAAAACUUUUAAAUGACGAAUUUUCUUGCAUCAGAUGUGUAAAGAAAGACGUCCAUAUUAUUAUGUUACCUUCUUUUAUAGGCAAUGAGUUGAAUGGAGUCAAAGCGGUUCUGGACGAUUGGAAGAAUCGUUAUAAGAAACAAGUGAAUGGAAUUGUAAUUGGUUAUAAAAACAUCACAUUUUCCCAACCACAAGGUAUAAUUAUUUCAGAUCAACCAUGCAUACACCAAGAUGUCAUUGUUGAUUUCUAUGUACUCCAGCCUUCUGUGGGAGCUAUAUUGCAAGGAACGAUUAAUCGGAUUAGUGAAACACAUAUUGGAUGCUUAGUACAUGGUGGCAUUAAUGCAUCAAUUACAUUAACUCAUCCUCAUCCAAAAAAAUUAAAUAGAUAUGCUAUUUUGGGUAAAAAUCUGUUGUUUGAAAUUACAGGAGUAGACACUCGACCAAGAGUGAUUAAGAUACAUGGCACUAUUACUAAACAAUGCAUGAAACUAAUGAAAAAAGGAAGGAAGAAAGAAAAUAAUCUGAAUUCUGAUUUGGAUGAAUGAUUAAUAUAUGUUAGUUAAUGACAUUGUAUAUAUUUUUCAAAUAUUAAAGAUUUUUUAACUUGUUUUAGAAAGA